CCAAAGAAAGAAAAAGAAGUCGAAGGAUCACUCUACAGGCUUAUUGAGAACGAUCGACGUUUACAGAGAUGUCGACGCAAAGCACAAAAAAUGCAAAAGGCUUUUGCAAAAAGUCAACGCAAUAUGUUUGAGACACAAUAUUGUAAGGCAAGUACGACUCCAACUUUACCUAGUCAACACAACGACUAUGUUGCGACAUCAACUUCUAUAUCACAACAACCAUUUUCAUAUGCACAAGAGCAAUGGUUAUUACCAUUAAUGUCAUACCAUUUUCCCGAGGGAGAAACACAUCCAUUCACAAUGAACUCUUCACAACAACCGUCUAUCAUCAUUCCACAACAUAUCGACGACGGUAUGGCUUGUCUUUCAUUGAGUGAAUUUACUCAUCAAAACACAAGCAACACAUUUUCAAUGUACCAGCCAUCGAUGUAUCCAACUCAAGGAUAUCUACAGUUCAACGACGGUCACAUUAACAACAUGGCUUGUCUUCCAUUGAGUGAAUUUACUCAAAACACAAGCAACACAUUCUCAAUGUACGAGCCAUCGAUGUAUCCAACUCAAGGAAAUCUACAGUUCAACGACGGUCAGAUUUACAACAUGGCUCAAGGUUUUAUCAAUCCAUAUAUGACUAUAGAGCCACAGUGGAUGGAUGCGCAACAACAGCUUCACCUCAAUGAUGGUUGUGUCAUUCAUGAUUCAUAUGGCAAUGCAACUUCUAGAUGCUUCGAGAGAUGGAAAUUGGGCUUUACCGGCAGCUCGAUCAGAAAACUCUCAGGCCUUAUUGGUUGCCCUUACUGA